AUGGACGCGGCGGGGCGGGGCGGGGCGGGAGCCCGGGGGCGGGGCGGCGCGGCGCGGGGCCCGGGCGGCGGCGGCGGCGGCGGCGCCAUGGAGCUGGGGGCGGGCGCGGGGGCGGGCGCGGGCCCGGGCCCCGGCGCGCGGGGCGGCGCGGAGUCGGGCCGCGUCCUGCUGCUGCUGAUGGGCGGCGGCGGCGGCAGCGCGGGCCGGGCGCGGCGGGGAGGCGCGGAGGCGGAGGCGGGGCCGGGUCCCGGCGCCGGUGCCGGCCCGGGGGGGCCCGAGGCGGCGCGGGGCCCCGAGCCGCGCUCCCCGCCCGCCCCCGAUUACGAGGCGCUGCCGCAGGGCGCCGCCGUCUCCACGCACAUGCUGGCGGGCGCCGUGGCGGGCGUCAUGGAGCACUGCGUGAUGUACCCCGUCGACUGCGUCAAGACGCGGAUGCAGAGCCUGCGGCCGGAGCCCGCCGCCCGGUACCGGAACGUGCUGGAGGCCCUGUGGCGCAUCGCCCGCACCGAGGGCGUCUGGCGGCCCAUGCGGGGCAUGAACAUCACCGCCACCGGCGCCGGCCCGGCCCACGCCCUCUACUUCGCCUGCUACGAAAAGUUAAAAAAGACGCUGAGCGACGUUAUCCACGCGGGGGGCAAUAGCCAUGUGGCCAACGGUGCAGCCGGGUGUGUAGCAACGUUGCUCCACGAUGCAGCCAUGAACCCUGCUGAAGUGGUCAAACAGAGGAUGCAGAUGUACAACUCGCCUUACCAGCGUGUGACGGACUGUGUGCGGGCUGUGUGGCGCAACGAAGGGGCCGGAGCUUUCUACCGCAGCUACACCACCCAGCUCACCAUGAACAUCCCCUUCCAAGCCAUUCACUUCAUGACCUACGAGUUCUUGCAAGAGCAGCUCAACCCCCACAGACAGUACAACCCAGGCUCCCACGUGGUCUCCGGAGCCUGUGCGGGGGCUGUCGCUGCUGCUGCCACUACGCCUUUGGACGUUUGCAAAACGCUGCUCAACACCCAGGAGUCCCUGGCCUUGAGCUCCAACAUCAGCGGACACAUCACAGGCAUGGCCAAUGCCUUCAGGACGGUGUACCAAGUGGGCGGCGUGACCGCCUACUUCAGAGGGGUCCAGGCAAGAGUCAUUUAUCAGAUGCCCUCAACGGCGAUCGCCUGGUCUGUGUACGAGUUCUUCAAAUACAUCCUCACCAAGCGCCAGGAGGAGCGGCGGGCUGGGAAGUGAGCCAGAGCCAAACGCCAUUCCAGACCUGCUUCAUCUCCCCUCCUGGUUUGUCUUCUGACCCCUCUCCCUUUCGGUUCAGUUUGUGUUGAAGAGAGGGGGCAGUGAAGCCCUUCGGGGUUUAGCGCUGCCUUUUUUUGCCUGUGGCUGCUGCAGCUCUGCUCAGGCUGCACGGCUUGCUCUCUCCCAGGGUCCUCCGAGAUGUCCCACUGGGAGUUCCAGCCCAGGUCACGUCCCCUGGCACUUCGGUGGAGCUGUGCUCCUGUCCUUCCCUUAACCAAAACCUCCUCUCACGCAAAGCUCGCCCCUCCUUGGAGGGGAAAGUGAAUGUCCUGCCCUGCCUCUGGCAGGGCCAAGCUGAGCUCGCAGUUGCCAAGGAGGGGGCAGUGGCAGCACUGCCCGGGAUGCUGGGGACUUCGUAUGGCUUUUGGCUGAAGCAAAGUGUAAGCCUUGCCGUUGUCUUGUAGCACGCACACAUGAUGCUGACUGCCCCGGUGGUGGGGGGGGGGGGGGAGGAUGGCACUUGAGGAGGGGAGCCUGUAGGUUUGUUGUUGUUCCUGCUCUUGACACCUCCAAUAAAAACAGUUCUGCUCUA